AAUUUGGUUUACACGAUAAAAAAAAGGAAGCCUCUCAAAACUUUUUAGAUUAAGACUUCCUACACAAAAUUGUGUUAUUUGGAUGGAUUAAAAUUACGGAGAAGCAGAAGUUACAUUGUUUUCUAUAAAGGACCAUCAUUUUCUGAAUUAAGGGUCAACAGAUAUUGAGAAGUAUGGAGUUAAAAAUGAAUAUCAUGGCCUCUGUUUGUGUUGUGAUGAUCCUGACAACGUUAAUUUUUCAAACAGCAGAAUGCUUUUCACCCGGGGGGCCUGUAUAUACUCGCUGGGGUCGUACGUACUGUCCUGAAACAGCAAGUUUAAUCUAUUCAGGAUAUGUUGGUGGCUCUCAUUAUCUCCAUCCCGGGGGCUGCUGUAGAACCACUCUGUCUUCCAAAAGACCCAGAGUGGGGCAGGUACUCAGCACAAGCAGAUAACGUUAGAGGAUUUGUUUAUGGAGCUGAGUACGAGCACACUGGGGUCCUUCACCUUAAUCAUCUCCAUGACCUUGAUGUGCCGUGUGCUGUGUGCAAAACUGAUGGCGAGAAGUCAGUCCUUGUUAUACCAGCGAGAAAAACCUGCUAUUCUGGAUGGAAAAAGGAGUAUUCUGGGUAUCUGAUGAGCGGGCGUUUUGAUCAUAGAGCCGCCUCAACCUACUCUUGUUUUGAUGAACAAUCUCAACCUCUGGACGGGGGAUCAGAAAAUAAGGAUGGCUACCUGUUCUAUCCGGUGGAGUCUCGGUGUAAUCACGGCAGCUUAAGGUGUCCCCCAUACAAAGAAGGGAGGGAACUUUCCUGUGUCGUUUGUUCUAAGGACUAAGACACUCACUCAUUCUGAAAAUAAAAGAUACAGCAUGUUU